AAAAAAAACGUGAAUGAUUUAAAAUUUUUGAUUAUCAGACCAUACAAAUUUAAAAUAUUAUUUUAUAUUUUACAUUUUCUCAUGACGACCGUCCAGAACCUCGAGUUAGUCGAAUUAUACUAUCAAAUGGCCGAUGAUGAGUAAAUACUGAAUACAAUUUAAUAUUUCAGUUUGUAAAGAUUCUAAUUUUCAUUUUCAAAUUUAGAAUUUGGAUCUUUUGAUUUUGUUUAGGUCUUUAAACCAUAUCACAAUUUAAGAUACCACUAUCUUUUUAUCAUCGGUCAUAUUAUCAACUAAUUUUUAUAAGUAACUGAUAGGAGAUUCUCUAAUCUUUAAAGAAAAAUUUAAGUUAUUUGUGAAUAUUUAGUUUUCUACCCUACGUUACUGCAAUAUUUAUUUUGUGUGUAUUUGAAAAAUUAUAACUUGUCUACGAUUAUCCACAGUGACCAUGUCUCGACAGAACACGAGAUUAGACGUUAAGAAAGUUAACUCCGAGUUAUUUACUUUAACUUAUGGAGCCAUAGUGUCGCAAUUAAUGAAAGACUAUGAAAACGUUGAGGAUGUAAAUAAACAGUUAGAUCGAAUGGGUUAUAAUAUUGGAGUACGAAUGGUUGAAGAUUUUUUAGCACGUACUAAUGCUGGAAGAUGUUACGAUUUAAGAGAAACUGCAGAUAAAAUUCAGUAUGCAUUUAAAAUGUAUUUGGGUAUAACUCCGGCUUUAACUAAUUGGAGUGCUGCUGGAGAUGAGUUUUCCUUAACAUUUGACACUAAUCCACUAACUGAGUUUGUGGAACUACCAGAUAACUAUCAAAAUCUCAAAUAUAGCAAUAUACUUUGUGGAGCCUUGAGAGGAUCAUGUGAAAUGGUACAAAUGGAUGUGUCUUGUUGGUUUGUGCAAGAUCAACUUAAAGGUGAUUUGGCCACUGAAUUGCGAAUAAAGUUCAACAAAAGGUUAGAAGAUGCUAUACCUGCUGGAGAAGACUAAUUUGACUUGGACUCAUCUGUAAAUUAAAUAAUUAUUUUAAUAUAUUAUAUUUUAUUUUAUUUUUUACCUUAA